AUGACUAAUAACGGAAAGGGAAAAGUACAAGAGACCCCCCAACCAAAAUCAAAAAAGAUUUUGCCACGUCCACCUAUCAAUAAUAGUAGACCAAAUGGGGAAAAUUCUCUCAACGCAAGCAUUCAUGCAACGAACGAUUGGGCAGAUGAAUCAGAAUACCUCUACCCAAAUUCUAAAGGUUACGCUAAACCCAUUAACGAUAUCAAUGACCACGAACAAUUUGAUAGAAUGAACAUUCUAAUGACUAAACUAGACAUAGUCUCAACACAAUUAGAUAUAUCUGAAUCUGUAAUCAAUACACAAAAAAUCGAUAUUAAAACCCUCCAAGAUAAAAAUCUACAUCUUAAACGCAACCUGCAAACAAAUGUCGAUAAACUGAAUGAGACCCUUAAAGUGGUAGACAUUAUGCAACACCUAAUGAUCAAUGCAGGACAACUACAUGACAGUCAUCGUAUUCCGGUCGCUAUGUUAGAAAAACCUAAAGAUUUUUAUGAUGUAGAAGAGGAAUCCCCACCCCAACAAUCCCAAUUUUAA